UUUAUUGACAUAUGGAAAAAAGUUUGAAAUUAUGAGGUGUGAAAGUGGCUUUUCACUGAAAUAUGCUACCACUCUUUCUUCCUCCCUUUUAAACCUUCUCUUUUCUAGCUCUCUCUCCACAUUCUUCAACCCCAUAGUCUUACAGACUAAGUAUGGGAAAAGCUAUAAGGUGGCUUAAAGGCUUGUUUGGGAUAAAGCUAAAAGACAUAGAGAUUGAAGAGAAAGCUGAUGAGAAGAAAGGUGAAGCCAUUGGCAGCUCCGGGAGAGGUGUCACCGCCGCCGCAGCCGCCUUGUGUAACAACCCCACCACCAUCCCGCCCAACAUUACCCCGGCAGAAGCUGCAUGGCUGAGCUCCUUCUUCUCCGACAAGGAGCAGAGCAAGCACGCAAUUGCCGUCGCGGCCGCCACAGCUGCCGCUGCCGAUGCCGCCGCCGCAGCCGCCCACGCCGCGGUGGAGGUGGUCCGCCUCACCAGCCAAGGCGGCGGGGGAGGAGCCUAUUUUUCCCGGGAGAAAUUCGCCGCCGUCAAAAUUCAAGCCGCAUUCCGUGGAUACUUGGCGAGAAAAGCACUUAGGUGCUUGAAAGGAUUGGUGAAGAUUCAAGCUCUUGUGAGGGGAUAUUUGGUGAGGAAACAAGCAACGGCCACUUUUCACAGCAUGCAAGCUUUAAUGAGAGCUCAAGCUAGUGUUCGUGCCCAGAAAUUUCGAGCUUCAUUUUUGAAUCACCAAACUUCUUGUCCUCGUAGCUUUCAGUCUCGAAAAUCCAUUGGAAGGUCCGAUAAUGAAACGACAAGGAGUGGAAGACACCCAUCGCCGUUUGAGGUUUCAACCAACGGAAAUGACGACAACCCAAAGAUUGUAGAGAUAGACUCGGCGUUUAGGCCCGCGGGCGCCGGCAGAAGGUCGAGGAGGGCCAACACUUGGGUGCCGGAGCCCGGGGAGGAAUCCUACGGGGGCCCGUCAUUUUCCUCUCCGCUCUCGUGUCGAAUUCCGGCGCGCUCGUCGAUAACCGAUUGCCGGCCGCACUUCCACGAUUAUUCCGACUGGGGGACGGUCACCGCCGGCGACGAGUGCCGGUUCUCGACGGCGCAAAGCACCCCGAGAUUCCCAAAUUCUUGCGGGUCCAACACCCCCGUCACGCCGGCGAACAGUGUCGGCGUGGAGACCUCCUACUUCAGAAGCUUCGACAACUUCCCUAACUACAUGGCCGACACCGAAGCAUUCCGGGCCAAACUGCGGUCCCAAAGUGCCCCGAAGCAGCGGCCCGAGCCCGGACCGGGCCCGAAAAAGAGACUAUUAUCCCCAAUGAUAAUGGAAUCAAGAGCGAGUGUGAGUGGGGGGAGAAUGAGAAUCUCAUGCUCACAAGCUCAAGAAGUGAUGAAUUUCAAGAAUGCAGUGAUGGGUAGGCUGGAUAGAUCCGUAGAGUUUAGUGAAGAAUUGAAGAAGAUGUUGUUAUGAUGAGAAUCUCAAGACAAAAUAGAGCCUAGGGAAUCAUGCACUCCUUUUAAAGCAAUGUUUAACCUAGAAAGGAAUGGAAAGUGAUAGAACAUGAAGAGAAGAAUGUACGUAGAGAAAGAGGCAUGAUGUGAUUUGAGAUUGCAUUAUAUUGCACAACUUCUCGAGGUUGAUUUUGAUGUUUAUUGUAAUUUUAAACCAUCCAUGAUCCAUCCUACCUCAUUAUUAACUAA